AUGCCUCUCCCCAAGCGGCUUCGUCGUGGGACGCACCGCGGCGGAGGCUUCCGAUGCUCGUGCGCCUCGCUGAUGCUCAUUCUGGUCUUUCUCGUGUGCAACUCGCUUCCUUGGCUGCAUCGGCAGCGAGGGAACGCACCACCGCAGACGCCGUCACUACCUCUUGGACGAGAGGAGCGUGCCGCGGCGAGCGCGGAGGGGAAACGUCCCCGGCCUGCACCAGACUCCCCAGCAACGGCGUCAUUUCUCUCUUCUCUUGACUCUGGCAAACAAACACGAGAUGAUGCUAUAACGCCAACUGGUGUUGCUAACGCAAAGAAACAUGUGACACACUUUUUUGAGAACUCAUCGUUGCUUCAUGUGCAAUUUACAGAUCGUACGAGGGCGUGGAGGCUUAAGGAGAUUAUUGAGAUGAUAGGAUACAGUGCCAGUAGCAAUGACGACAUAACCUCAACUCUUUGCCCUCCGUUGCCGGAAAAUCUGACAAUUCCUAUGGAUGAAUCGUUUCAGAUUGGGAUGCUUCGUGAAUUUGUGGGAGGCGUAUACCACCCGCUGUACUGCAACGCAUGGCAACUGCGUAUGCAUAACGUUUCUAAGCAUGCACGCGGUGAAGGGGACAGCGUCCGCGGAGGAGAUGUAGGAGUAGCGUGCGAUGCAGGCAUACAAAAAAGGUUGGCUGACGCAAUACGGCAUCCGCCAAAGUACGCCUACGUUAUUAUGGUCUCAACCCAUCGCUACUUGGACGGAGCAAUGGUAUUGGCAGAAUCCAUCCGCGAAUAUUCGCCCCUUAGCCGUAGCCGUGGUGCCGAUAUUGUGUUGAUAAUUAAUGAAAACAUCAAGUCUGAAAUGUUUCCAUUACUUCAGGUUCUCUUUGAUCGUGUGCAAAUUUUCAGUGGGCUACAAAAGUGGGCGCCAAAGAGUGCAUACAAGGCGACAUUUGACAAGCUGUACCUGUACAUGCUGGAGGACUAUAAAGACGGGAUUCUUUUUCUCGACGCCGACUCCCUUAUCACAGCUAAUCCGGACUAUCUUCUACAAGCGCAUGAAAGGAUUGCCACCGUUGUGAACUCCAACCACACUAGCUAUUGGACCCAGGCACGCCGUGCGUCACUUUCUUACACUUUGACUGAACACGAGUGGCAGAGACUGCUGCGUUCCAAGAAAUUGCCUUUAUUGUUUGCUGUUGGGUCUGAGAAGUAUUUUCAGACGAGUCUCAUGAGUUUGAGGCCUUCCAUGAAGGUAUUCCUCAAGCUUUAUUUGGAAUUUCGGUUUGGGAGCUACAGGUACAAUCGUUGGCAGGCGCGUGAUGGCGUUCUCUUCCGUAACUGCUUUGCCGCCGUUGGUGAAUGGAUGCGGCGUCCCCAUGGGGUGUAUCAUUUUAAUGGGAAUCCUAAACCGUGGUUUAACCUGGAGCACCUGGACUACGCGCUGCAGCCCAUGAAAGUCAUGAUGCGGACGGAACUGCCGCUCUCGUGGCGAGACCGCAGUUAUCACUACGAGUGGUGGACGCGGUAUGAACGUCUUCACAUGGAAUAUUUUCUGCCAAUCGAGAUGGAAACACGCACGCGUUUUGGCCUCACGCAGAGCGCGGAACUGAGGAAGUGGCGAAAUAAAUAUGGCGCUCACCUAACGCGUGUUCCGUCCGAUGUACACGUCACGAAGUACGGUGGGGUGGCGUUGUUGCGAAGGUCCACGUUGGAGCUGCCACUCCCGCUGGGUCUACACUCCGUAGAGAAGGCUGCCGAAGCAUCUCCACACUCGUACAUGUGGCUUAUGCGGUUUAAUAGGGCCGCAGAAUAUCUUCACCCCACACGAGCGCGCAUGGCGCAGUUAAGGACAGCUACCGUUCCUCUCGCCUCUGUGCAUGAGUUGAGCUUAUUGCUGUCCGCUGUCAAUGCUUCUUCUUCCAACCCACGGGAGCACACCGGCAUUGUCUACGCAUUUGCGACCCCUUCACACGAUGGGGCAGAGGAAACAAAGGAUAAUUUUUGGUCGAGCUGCGAAACGCAAUGCGCCAAGAUGAAUUUGCAGUGUAAUGCCUCACUAUUGGUGGAUACGCGAAUUGCAGACUGUCAGUAUAGUCAACCGCCACUUUCCAUGGCGAAUGGUCUCAUCCGUUGCAAGCAUUGUCUGCCUUAUUUCAAAAGCGGUGCUCCUUUUGUGGUUUUUCAGGAAAACGAGGAAAAUGUGGCAUGGGUGCAAGAAGCCUCUGUGUGUUUUUUUAGCGCAUGGACUCGCUUUGCAGCACCGCUUUGCAACGCAACAAGACCACUUCUUCAUCAAUACAAAUUGCAAAAGGGGGAGUUUUUGGCACCUGUCUGUCCAUGUCAGUAA